AUGGCCACGGGAACCCAGGGGCACCUUGACCACAUUCCAGAUAAAGCCAGGCUCGCGGAGGCCACAGGGAGGUGCAAGAGAGCGGAAGGGAGCAAGCCCAGGAAGAACUUUCCCUGUCAGCUGUGUGAGAAGGCCUUCAACAGCGUGGAGAAACUAAAGGUGCACUCGUACUCACACACGGGAGAUAGACCGUACCGGUGCUCCCACCAGGACUGCACCAAAGCCUUUGUCUCCAAAUACAAGCUGCUACGGUAACAGAACAGGCGCCCGUUAUCUUCUAGUAGGCCAUUCUGUAUUGAUCUGUAUGUACAACACUUACUGUAAUAUGUAGUUGUUAUCUUUAGUAGUCUAUCAUUGUAUACAUUCAUGGAUUAUUGAAGUUUUAAGAUCAUACAUAUCUGUCCUGACUAGCAUGCCUACAUAAGCACUAGGGCUGUGACGAUACCAGUAUCUCAAUAUUUUUUCCAUGGCAAUAAUGAAAACAUGAAGCAGAUCAAACUCUUUGGUCCUUUAAAAACCUGCUGUAAAAUAUUGUGUGCUAUAGCUUGGACAUUUUUUUUAUGUGACUCUGGAGGACUACAUAAUGAUGUUUGUUUCCAACAUUAGGGCUGUUUUCCUAAAGAAGUGAAUACCGCUUCGUGUUUUGUUUCCUUGCCACGAUACUGACGAGUAUCGCGAUACUGGUAUCGUCCUGGCCCUAAUAAGCAGAAAUAAUUAUUGGUGAAAUAUUAAGUGUUGAUUGAAUGUCAUCUGUGUUCAAAGGCAUAUGGCGACACACUCUCCGGAGAAAACCCACAAGUGUACGUACUGUGAGAAAAUGUUCCACCGCAAGGAUCACUUAAAGAACCACCUGCACACUCACGACCCCAACAAGGAGGCCUUCGCCUGCCAGGAAUGCAGCAAGAGCUACAACACCAAGCUGGGCUUCAAGCGCCACCUGGCCCUGCAUGCGGCCAACAGCGGAGACCUCACCUGCCAGGUGUGCCUGCAGCCAUUCGCAAACACAGGCCUGCUCCUGGAGCACCUCAAGACCCACGCCGGCAAGUCCUCGGCUGGCACCAAAGAGAAGAAGCACAGGUGCGAGCAUUGCGAGCGCCGCUUCAUCACACGCAAGGACGUGCGGCGCCACAUGGUGGUGCACACAGGCCGCAAGGACUUCCUGUGCCAGUACUGCGCCCAGAGAUUCGGCCGGAAGGACCACCUGACGCGCCAUGUGAAAAAGAGCCACGCCCGCGAGCUGCUGAGGGUCAAGAUGGAGCCGGACGAUUCGCUGGACUCCUCCUUCUCCUGCGGGAUGGCUGGAGGUGUCAAGGGCGAGCUGGCCACCAUGUCGGCGCCGCACAGGCAGCUCCAGCUCAACCUCUACGACGGCCCUCUCCUGCCCCAGCACCACUGCCCCACCAUGCCCCCCCUGGACAUAGAGCCCAAUACCCCACACCCCUUCUCCCUAAAGUACCAGCUGGGCUCCAACCUUACCUCAUACUCCAUCUCCACCCUGGAGAGGGAGCAGAAUCUAAAGGGAGAACUGGAGACGUAUCUGAUGGAACUGCAGAGCGGCAUGCCUUCCUGGGCUGAGGGGGCUCAGCUAUCCUCCGCCUCCAAACUGGAGUUGGACUCACAGGUGGUCUCGUUGGAUGAGACCUCGCCCGACGAGGUGUCUCUGUCCAAAAUCGUGGCAGUGAGCGAGUCGCUGGCCUCCUCGUCGUUGCUCGACUUCUCACAGCUCUUCAACUUCCUGCCUUUGAAUGGCCCCCCGUAUGGGCACCAGGCGGCAGCCGGCGGGGGUUUAGGAAGAGUCCCCUACCAGCCAGAGGAGGCGCUGUCUGUCGUCCAGCUGCCGCCCCAGCCCCCGGAUUCCCACGAGGCAGCGGGAAGCGGGGGGGGUAUCAGCCCCCUCCACAGCCACUCCUCCUCUUAUACCUCAAACCUG